CUACACUAUACCAGACCAUAAAAUCUUAAAAAAAAGCAACAAUUGGCGGCAAUUCGACACUAAAAAAAAAGAUAGUGAAAAAUUUAAUAUUUUAAAAUUUCGGCAAAGUACUGCCAAUAUUGUAAUUAUAUUACGUUAUUCUAGUUCAUUUGACAUAGGACUUUGAACGUAAUAGAUUUCGUUAAUAACAUCUCAUCUUAGAAAUAACAAAUAAUCAAACAAUAAUGGCACUGGAUGAUAAAAUAAUAGAAUUAAAACUGCAGCUGCAUUCUGUUAGUCAACAAAAUUUUAAACUGGAGAGAAAGGUAAACUCUUUACGGACGAGAGAGCAUAUUUUAACAGAAGAAUUGGCAAAUUUGAAAAUUACAUACGAAUUUUCUCAUUCCCAAAUAACUGAAUUGAGUAGUGAACUAUCUCAACUGAAGUAUCAGAAAGCAAUAAUCAACGUGUGUGCGAAGUCCGAAGAGGCGAAGAUUGAAGUUCACCUAUCUAAUUUAGAUAAACAUAAAAAAUCUUAUGAUAUUUUAUUCAACAAAGAAAGAGCAAUGUCAGCCGUAAAAAGAGAACACUUGAAACAGAAAGAAGUAGAAGAAAAAGAAAUAGUGCGUCAGAAAAUGGUAAAGAUUUUAGAAAAAAACGAACAGCAAACGAAAGCCGCGGCAGCCAUAGAAGAUGAAUGUGUCGCUAUAGAAAGAGAGUGUAGCUCUCUAAUGAAUAGAAACAAAGCUAUAAUGAAAAGGUUGCGACGUAAACUUAUUGAAACUGAAGAUACGCGGCGGGAAUUAACAAAGAAUAGAUUCAGUGACAAUUAGAAAAUUCACCCACUAAUAAUAGAUAAACUAGUAAUUUGAGAUGUCGAAUAAAACUUUUUGAA